CAUUAUGAAGACCGGUGUGAUUGGAGGGGCCGCAAUGGGGCGAAAGCCCCUCUACACCGCCCUACCAGAAAUGCGAACCACCAUGCCCCGUCGCUCCAAGGUCGGUGACCAUCUCAUAUCCAGCUUGCGGCUUUCACAUCCAUUUUGUCUACUCCAUCUUGAUGGUAAGGCAAGAUGAAGCUCAAGAAGCUAUUCUCGAAGCGCAAGGACAAGGAGCAGAGGUGCGUGCGUGACGAGGACAGCAAUUUCGACACUGAUGAUCUCUACUACCUCCAGCUUGCAUCGAGCAGGGCGGAAUAUGGCCGGCGCAACAUAUUCAAGUCCUUCGCAAGCUACAAUGAUUCACAUCCGGUCGCGCGUUCAGUUCAAGCGCAUCCAGGUCUCGCCUAUGAGCCUCCCUGGGACGACAACGAUCGUGGCCACGGCAGUAUCCUGCAACCCGUAGCCUGUCACUCUGAAUGGCAUCCGGUAGUGCUCAACAACAACUCCCAUCCUACUCUCGCAUCCGAUCACUGGCCUCCGGCGCCCGUUCGGCUUUCAAGAAGGGACUUGCCGCCGCCUUCGCUUUUCCAGCCUGAAGCCCAUGAUGUGGAACACUGGGAGGACAUGCCAGUGUUAGAAGAUGGAAGUGGCUGGGAGGACAUAAAGGCCCAGUAUCGCAUGCCUGAGAGCGUACGAACGGGGCGUAGCGAAUAUGGCCGCCAACUUGCAACUCAGCGGCGACAGGCAGUUCGUCAAACAGGCCGUGAUCCUCGAACGAACGACAAUGGAGUUCUGCGCGCGCCGGUGAGACCCCCCGCCCGGUCAGCUAAACUCGUAAAGGAUGCAAAAGCUUUGCUUCGCUGCACGGAGAAUCAGCUGGCUGCUUGCAUCGAGCUCAGCAGACAGUCCUAUCUCAGCGCGACAGGGUUUGAAGAAGCACAGCUGGACAUCGCUCAAUUGCUCGCUGUAUCGGACGAGUUUACCAGAGAACAUGCCUUACGUGUUGUGGAGUCUCUCAGCAGUACAGCACAACAAAUGGAGGCUGCGAUCAAUGCAUUGUGGGUGGCGAAAGAGGGGUUGGUGGAUUGGCACGCAUUCAGCAAGCAGACUUCCGUCAGACGAGACACGACUCGAUAUCGUCAUGCACGACGGAAAAUCGCCGAGUUGCAGGAGGAAGGGAGACAGCGGGCUUCGGACAUCUUGGAGUGUCUGAGCACAACACUGGAGCCGUUGAACGGGCUGGUUGCGAUCGGUGAAGGAGCAGACGAAGCGGCUGACGAAGACUACGGCUUCAAGCAUCAGCCAGCCGAAGAUGAGCGCGCGCGAGAAUGCAUGGCCUGCGCUGAGACGAAGCAGCCUCAUGAAUUCCCCGACCAGCCUCCCACCACACGAUGCCAACAUCCUUCUACGACUUGUCGCACAUGUCUCAACUCAUGGAUCGAGGCCGAGCUGGGCGCGAGGAGUGGCGCGGGUUUGCGAUGUCCGGAAUGUCAGCAAACCAUGGAGCACCGCGAGAUUCAGGCUGCUACUUCCGCGCAGAUGUUCGCCGCAUACGAGCGGCGCGUCACACUCAAUGCACUCGCAAGCAUGCCUGAAUUCGCGUGGUGCCUGAGCCCACGUACGUGUGGAAAUGGGCAGCUCAAUGUCGAUGGGAACCCAUUCAUGAUCUGCGAGGCCUGCGGGUAUAGGCAAUGUACAAAGCAUCGUAUGGCGUGGCAUGACGGCGAGACUUGUCGACAGUACGAAAGUCGAGCUUCUACUUCUACCCGAGCUCAAGACGAAUCGAGGAAGAUUAUAGAGGAAAGGAAGACCGAGGCUAUGAUAGGAACGGUCUCCAAGCAAUGCCCCGGGGGCUGUGGAUGGCGCCUUGACAAGUAUGAAGGCUGUGACCAUGUGCGUUGCACUCGAUGCGGAUAUGAAUUUUGUUGGUACGUGUUAUUCCACCGCUGUCGAUCGCGACGCAUCCGCCCUCUUACUGACGUCUGUCUCUUCAGGGAGUGCCUCGCCUCUUGGGAUGGAAUUCAGCAAUGGAGCAACACGGCACACAGACCCGACUGCAGAUACCAUUCGAACAAUGUCCGAUGAAGGAAGAACCUGGCCUCCUUGAGAAUGCUAUGCUCCAUUGGCGGUUAUGUCUCACCAACCAUUUACUUGAUCUCGCUCCAGCCUUUCGAAUCUUUACCACCGUCCACCAUGACGCUAUGCGACGUUCCUGGUGCAGUCUUGACAGCCUUGCUGCACGCCUGUCGGAGGAUCUCGAUGAAAUC